CACUUUUAUUUUUAAAAAAGAACAGAUGUUGCUGCUGAUGUGCCUGGUAUUGCAGCUCUGAACUGCACCACCAAUCUCCCGCUCUCUUCAUCUGUUUCGGGCACUAGUAUACAGAUGGCAAUACUCCACUGGAAUGUAGCGUUCCUCUAUGCUGCAAGAAGUUGUCGAAAGGCGAAGGUUAUUUCAGCUUUCCAAUAUCUGCAGGUUUAGAGAGCUUUCUGGAGACUAUUUUACCAUUGAUUCUGCGUUGAGGGCGGCAUUCCUUACAAGUGAUGGCAGCAGCAACUGAGCUGGAACCUGCCGCUCCGUCAUCUUUCUCCCACCAGAGAGGAAAACUUGGCAAAUGAAGUCCCCGCCGCCUGCGCUCGCACACUCCCUCCCGCGGCCGCUCGGACUGCGGUGUCAGGACCCUGUCCGCGACCGUUCACUGGCCGCAGUGAAGUGAGCCCGUUCCCACCAACCAAUCGCUGCCAGCGGCGGGCGGGCUUUCCCGGCGCUUCUCCCUCAUUUCACGUAGCGAGGGAAGUUUCAGCUGUCACCGAGGAGCCGCCGGCUUAUCUUUAUUACCUCUCCGCGCUGGAAAGGGUCGCGUUUAUCUCUCCCGUUCCAGCAGCAAGGCGAGAGACCCCCCGCUGUGUAUCCAACUCCCACGUGAAUGACUCGCCUUGCGUUGAGCGACCCCCCCGGUCUCUGGACGCCUCCUGAAUCCGCCAACCGGCACCAUGUCAUUUGUCAACGGCGAAACCUGAUCAGAGAAGGCUAGUUGCUCUCGCUGUCUCCAUUGCUCCCGCUCCUAACCUGGCGAACUUUGCACACCUCGGCUGCCGUGCCCCAGCCCCGGCCCUGAGCUCAGGAAUUGAGGACCUCUCACCCGAUCCAAUGGGAGACAGCGAGAGAAUUAUUUCCCGUUUCCAGCUCUCUUCCGAGAUGUGUUCGUAGACCCGGAGCCAGGAUUGUUUUCAUGUGUCACUCGGAACCGCUGGACAAACCGUGUGUAUUCUAUUUGGACGUCCGGGAUGGCACAGUUCCCUUUGUAUUUGAACUCCGCAAUGCUGGUGCUGUUUAGCUGCGAAUUCCGCCUGGUGACAGCAACUGAUAGACCACCAGCUCCUGUGAAUGUCACUGUCAGUCACCUGAAGGCCAACUCAGCCAGUGUAUCCUGGGAUGUUCCUGAAGGAGAUGUUAUCAUAGGUUAUGCAAUAUCACAACUGCGAAAAGAUGGUCAGAUGCAAAGGUCAAUCCGUGAAGUGAAUACAACGAACCGGGCAUGUGUGCUGUGGGACUUAGAGGAAGACACAGAGUACGUGAUCCAAGUUCAGUCAAUUGGCCUGAACGGGGAAAGCCGGGCCAGCAAGCGUGUCCAAUUCAGAACUCUAAAGGAAACUGAUUGGGUGCCAUCAAAUAGCUCGAACAAAGAUGACCCGACAGUGCAGGAAAUGAAUAGAAACAUGCCGCUACAGACGGGAGAAAUGAUCAUUAUCGUCACAGUCCUGAUCAUGUGGGCAGCUGUUAUAGCUCUCUUCUGCAGACAGUAUGACAUCAUUAAAGACAACGACUCAAACAACAAUAAGGAAAAGGCUAAGCCGUCGUCAGAGCACAGCACCCCAGAGCGUCCAACGGGCGGAUUAAUGCGUAGCAAGUUCCAAAAUAACACGCCAGCCAUUAACAUCAUCGAAGUUUGAUUCCUGCAGUAUGGCACCGUAGAUGGAGCAACAACACAGAAGACUGAAGGACCGUUGUCUAAAUCUUAUUUAUCCAUACUUUGCAUUUUAACACCAGUUCUUUAUGCCUGAAAGCAUGUCGUAGCCAAGAGUUUCUUCCCUCAGAGAUAUCUGCAUGGAGACUGAAGCCAUGCAUGUGGGAAUCCUUCUCCAAUACAAAGGACCAUCAAAGGUGACCUGUGCAGACAUUAACCAGGUCACAGGGACUUGCAGUAGCAGCCCGGCACUAAAUUCUGCUCUGCCGGCUUCAGAGCACUCCACUCCCUAUAUAUCCAGAUUUGAUUUGUUGGUCUGCCAACUCAUGGAUGAGUCCUUUCUUUAUCAAAGGGGAGUCAACUGCCGGGAAGGUCAGCUUAUAGGGUCACAAUAGCAGGAAGGUGAUCAGUUAUAAAAUAACGCUGCUUCAUUGUGAAGUCAGAGUGUUCCCAUGAACCCACUAGAAUAAAAAGAUGAGGGAGCACCAGUACAGUGUGUCUGAGAUGAAAUUUUGAGACUUUUUUAAAUGUGCCAAUGACACUCGAAUUGAUCAUAUGUCUAUCAAUCUGAUCUGAGAUCUUAAGCUAAGAUUCUAAGUCAAGUCACAUAAAGAGUGUUGCCUCUGGUUGGUAUUGAAAUUGAAUACAUUUACAGCUUAUUUUUUUAAUUGCUAUAGGAUUCAAUGCAAACUCAGAUCCACACAUGUACAGUACUGUGCAAAAGACUUAUGGCACAUAUAUGUAUAGCUUGGACAGUACUGUACUUGUCAAUAUGGAGCGGAGAGCAAGUUUGUAAAUCUGGUGGGAGCAAAAGGUGUUGAGAAUGGUAAGGGUGGAGCACCAUGGGAUGGGUGUGGGACAAGUGGCAGAGAAGGAGUGGUGGCAGAGAAGGUGGCACAAGUGGAGACACACCCAGCCCUCAGACACCAGACAAGGUAAUUUGAUUACAAACAAUUGGUUAACUGAUCACUACAGACAAGGUAAUUUGAUUACAAACAAUUGAUUAACUGAUCACUACAGAAGGUCUCUCUGGUGCUUCCCCAUCCUCUCUUCUCCCUUCCCCUUUUGCCAACCACACUCCCUGCCCCCUUCCCACUCCCAGCCCACCAUAGAGAACCAUAUCAGAAUCAGGUUUAUCAUCACUCACAAAUGUCAUGAAAUGUGUUUUAUUUUUGCUGCAGCAGCAGUACAGUCCAAUACAUUACAGUGUGACAUAACUGUGCAAAAGUCUCAGGCACCCUAGCUGUAUGUAUGUGCCUACGAUUUCUGCACAGUACUGUACAUCCAUGUUAUAUGAUGCAUCAGUUUCACCCUGAUUAGCUCCACUUUUGUAAAAUAACAUUGUUAUUUCAUUAACAUUCAACCAUUAUGUUGAUUGGUAAUAUUCCCAACAGAGAGAUUAACCAUGAAAGAGAAACAGGUUUCUCUUUACUAAUGGAGCUAGGGCUCUCAUUUAUACCAUGGUGAGAACUCAAUAUUAAUGUACUCAUUACAAUAUAACACUCCGUGUAAUAAUAUGAUUGUAAUUAGAACUAGUAGAAUUGAUUGAGAAAAAUGUUACCAACUUCUGAAUUUUUGAAGAGUUUGCUGCUUUAAAUUUAAAGAGGAAAUUUGCUAAUCUGUUCAAAUGUUUCUCAAUGGAGGUGGAUUUCUAUUUAUUUUGAUUGCAGAGCCAAAGAUAGCAAUAUCCUGUGCAAGGGAUGAAAUGCCUGAUAUUGUGAAUUAUUUUAUAUGCCAUGCCUGUGGAGUAAUGGAAAAUGAAGUGAAUGGAAUAUUAUGUCAAAGUGAUCGUACUUUUCCAAGUGUCAGCAAUUACAAUGAAUUAAUAAUGCAAGCUGAACUAAAAAUUCCUUUGCUCUUCUGA